UCUCAACAAUAAUUUAAUCCCUUGGAGGGCCGACCAGCAAGAUGUUAUUUCUAGAUCCAGUACUAAAGUAGAAUGUAGGUAUAUAUGGCUUUGGCUUUAGCAACCAACAACUGAAUUAGAUUGGUUUUGUAUGCUUUUUAAAUAGCUCUGUUGGUGGAUUCUUUCCUAUUUAUAAUCGGUUUCAAGUCUGAAAAAAUGAAGAGGGUUGCGUUAAAUAUUAGAUUCUUCUCCUCUCUUCAUCUUCGGCGACGCAAAGUAGUUCGGUCUAUUCGGUUGGUGGGAAACUUUGGUCGGGUCGGUUCGGUUCGAUUCGAUUAAUAAGUGAAGCUUGGUUUGUUCGGUUUUUGAAGUCCGGUCGGUUCGACCGAAUGGUCACUUCUACCCAGUUCCAUCCUGUCUCCGCUUUUAGCUUUUUCUAUUGAGUGUUGACUGCCGAGGCUUCUUUAGUAACCCUAUUAUAGCUGUGCACUCUGAUUGGGAGGGAUAGGUAUGGCCGAGAGGCAAUCCUUCGAUCAGCAACAUCCUCUUGAUCCGCAGAUGCAGUCUCCGUCUCCACCGCCGGAAGACACGAUUGGUUUUGUGAUGGCUUUAGAGGCCGCUCUGCUUCCGUGCUUGCCUGCAAGAGAGCUCCAAGCAAUUGACCGUUCCCCCCAUCCCUCUCAUCAGAUUGACGUUGAAAGACAUGCCAGAGACUUCAUGGAGGCUGCCAAAAAGCUUCAACUCUAUUUCAUUGGCCUGCAACGCGAAGAGCAACCUACCAGAGUAGAAACCCUGCAAAAAGAGAUUGCCCUGAUGGAAGAAGAGUUGAAGAUCAAGUCGGAGCUUAUAAAGAAGCAAGAAAGACUGAUCCAGGGGUGGAGAAAGGAGAUGAAGGAUCAGCUAGACAAGCACAAGACAGAGUUAGAGAGGGUAUGAUUGUGCUUCUUCCAUGCCAAUUUAACCCAUCAUGUCAUUUCAAAGUUGUCUUGCUGGACAUGGGUGAGGUCAUUCCAUUAGCAGAGGCAUUUGGGAUCUUUUCUGAAUUAGGAGGAAGUUUGGGGAAUUCAAUUCAAUGGGUUCAUAAAUCCCCUUAUGUGUUAGAAAUUUUCAUUUGUUGGAGUAGAUUAAAAUUUAACAUCUAAGCCUAAUCAAAAUUUGACACAUCAUCUGUGUUUGUAAAUCUACUGAGUUAGUUUCCUAAUCAGACUGAUCCAAGGGUGGAGAAAGGAGAUGAAGGAUCAGACUGAUUCAAACUUUAAAUGUACUUUAAUAUAUAGUACUAUUAUUUGACAAAAGAAUAUAAUUUCUUA